AUGGAAGAUAAAACAACGUCGUCAACAAGAAGAGAUGUAGAAGAAAAAAAUAUCAAUGACUGGCUUCCAAUCACAAAAUCAAGGAACGCAAAGUGGUGGUAUUCAGCUUUUCACAAUGUUACUGCUGUGGUUGGAGCUGGAGUGCUGGGUUUCCCCUACGCUAUGUCUGAGCUUGGAUGGGGUCCAGGCAUUACAAUAUUGAUUCUUUCAUGGAUAUGCACUCUCUAUACUGCAUGGCAAAUGAUUGAAAUGCAUGAGCCUGAGCCGGGAAAGAGGUUCGACAGAUAUCAUGAAUUGGGGCAGCAUGCAUUUGGGGAAAAGCUUGGACUUUGGGUUGUUGUGCCUCAGCAACUAAUGGUGGAGGUUGGCGUUAACAUAGUUUACAUGAUCACAGGUGGAAAAUCUCUUAAGAAGAUUCAUGAGACUCUCUGUGAUGGCUGUAAGCCCAUCAAAACAACUUACUUCAUCAUGAUGUUUUCUUGUAUUCAAUUUAUUCUCUCCCACCUCCCAAGUUUCAAUUCCAUUGCUGGUAUUUCUUGGGCUGCUGCUGUUAUGUCCCUCAGUUACUCCACUAUUGCCUGGAUAGCUUCAGUUCACAGGGGUCCGCAACCAGGCGUGAAAUAUGGUUACAGAUCUUCAACAAAUGCAGGAAAUACGUUUGACUUUUUUAGUGCUUUGGGUGACAUAGCUUUUGGGUAUGCUGGGCACAAUGUGGUUUUGGAGAUCCAAGCAACCCUCCCUUCCACCCCAGAAAAGCCCUCCAAAAUAGACAUGUGGAAGGGCAUGCUUGUUGCUUAUAUCGUUGUGGCUCUUUGUUAUUUUCCUGUUUCUAUCUUUGGUUACUGGGCUUUUGGAAACAUUGUUAGUGACAACAUCCUUUUAUCCCUUGAGAAACCACGCUGGCUCAUCGUAGCUGCUAAUAUAUUUGUUGUUGUCCAUGUAACUGGAAGCUAUCAGGUCUUUGCCGUUCCAGUGUUUGAUAUGAUGGAAUCGUUCCUUGUGAUAAAUAUGAAGUUCAAGCCAACUUGGUUCCUUCGGUUCAUAACUCGCAAUAUUUACGUUGCAUUUACAUUGUUCCUUGGAGUCACGUUUCCUUUCUUUGGUGGGCUUCUCGGCUUCUUUGGAGGAUUUGUAUUUGCUCCCACCACAUACUUUCUCCCUUGCGUGAUGUGGCUUGUCAUCUACAAACCAAAGAGAUUUAGUUUUUCUUGGUGUGCAAAUUGGUUUUGCAUCAUAUUUGGAGUGUUAUUGAUGGUUUUGGCUCCUAUUGGCGCAUUGAGGCAGAUCAUACUAGCAGCUAAGGACUACAAAUUUUACUCGUAG